GUUUUCACCAAGAAUGGGAAGGAUUUGGAAGAGAGGGGGACAUGUUUAUCAGAAACUUCUGGAGAGCUUUUCCAAGUAGAUGGUUUUCCCUGGACAGAUUCCUCAAGUGACUGACAGCGACCAGAAUGGCAGAUUCCAACUACAGCUUCUCGGAGGGCUUCAUUCUGAUGGGCGUAUCUGACCAUCCGCAGCUGGAGAUCAUCUUUUUCAUAGUCAUUCUCUUCUCUUACUUGCUGACCUUGCUUGGGAACUCAACCAUUAUCCUACUUUCCUGCCUGGAUGCCCGGCUCCACACCCCCAUGUACUUCUUCCUCAGCAACCUCUCGUCCCUAGACCUUGCUUUUACUACUAGCUCAGUCCCCCAAAUGCUGAUCAACUUAUGGGGACCAGACAAGACCAUAAGCUAUGGAGGCUGUGUGACCCAGCUCUACGUUUUCCUCUGGCUGGGGGCUACCGAGUGCAUUCUGCUUGUGGUGAUGGCAUUUGACCGCUAUGUGGCAGUUUGCCGGGCUCUGCACUACACCACCAUUAUGAACCCUCGGCUGUGCUGGCUGUUGGCUACCAUUGCAUGGUUGGGUGGCUUGAGCAACUCUGUGAUCCAGUCAACGUUCACUCUGCAGCUCCCAUUAUGUGGGCACCGGAGGGUGGACAGCUUCCUGUGUGAGGUGCCUGCCAUGAUCAAACUGGCCUGUGGAGACACCAGUCUCAAUGAGGCUGUGCUCAAUGGUGUCUGCACCUUCUUCACUGCUGUCCCUCUGAGCAUCAUCCUGAUCUCCUACUGCUACAUAGCUCAAGCAGUGCUGAAGAUCCGCUCGGCAGAGGGACAGAGAAAGGCCUUUAAUACGUGCCUCUCCCACCUGGUGGUGGUGUUACUCUUCUAUGGCUCAGCUAUCUAUGGCUAUCUCCUUCCGGCUAAGACCAGCAGCCAGGACCAGGGCAAAUUCAUUUCCCUCUUCUACUCUGUGAUCACACCAAUGGUGAACCCUCUCAUCUACACUCUAAGAAACAAGGAGGUAAAGGGGGCACUAAGGAGGCUGCUGGGAAAGGGAAGAGAACUUGGCUGAGAGAAGGGAAAACUCCCAUUGUCAUUUAACUUCUCUUCUUCUUCUGCCUUUAUCUCAUUCUCACUCUGUCCUGAUGAAUAUGAGGAGAACCAGCCCUAGUGCAACCAAGAUAUAUUCCCAACAACCCUAAGCUGCUAAGACAUGGUUAGUUGUUUCUAAUAUUCUGUGCUUAUUUACUAAAAAUCCUGUGGACUAUAGAUAACAAUGGAUCUUAGGUGAGUCUCAUCAACAGUUCAGAGGUUGUUGACUUAGUACAGACAUAGCUCACUGUCUUGUUGUACACAUGUUAUUUAUUAUGUUAUUAUAUAUGUUAUUACACGUAAUAUUACUUGUUUUCUAUUUGUAGAAAAUUAAGUACUUUAAAAGGCAGUUCCAUUUGCUAUAUUGUUAUAUAAUGAUGUUAUCAUUCCAUAAAAUAAUCAGAAUUGAUUAAUCGUAAAUGAAAACUCAAACAGUUCAUCUUUGUACCCUAUCCAUUCCCCCAUCUUUCUCAAUCUCUUUUUGCCUCUUCUCAGUAUUUCAGUCUAUCUACCCAUGCUUUCUUUUUUUAAAAAUAUUUUAUUUAUUUAUUUGAGAGAGAGAGAGAACAGAGAGAGAGAGAGAGUACACA